ACAAUGUUAUUGCUUUGUCAGUUACGCCCUAUUCGCGAAUUACUCCGGAAUUCUUAUUGAUUUGUUUGCCAACCCUUAUUUCAAUUGUCAAAUUUAAUUAUGAGUGAAUGCAUGCGGAAUUAGAGUAAGUUUUGUCUUAUUUUAUUUAUAAUACUUAGUGCGAAAAAAUAAACUUUGAGUUCGCCUCUAAAAUGAGCGAUAAGCGGAGACCCAAUCAUUAUUGGUUAAUGAAUCCGUGGUACAACCAGAAAUACAUAAAAAAGUUUUGUUCCGUUGUUUCAGAUACUAUUCCAGAUAUUACCGAUGAAAACAAUUUAGUUGAUCCACCAGAAGAAGGCAACAGUUCCUAUUCAGUAACAUCAGAAAUGGAGCUCGAAUUUCAGGAUUAUCAACUAAAUGAUUCCAAUGAAUGCUAUGAAAACCCAGAUUCACAAUCUGAGCAUAGCUGUUCAAUUGCAUGUGAUGCAUCGGAAACCGCCAUGGAUUUUGAAGAUGAGAGCAAUGAAAGAACGAUGGAAUGGGUAAGAUGAUUUAAUUAAGCUGUUUUGAUUUGGUGUGAACGGCAUUAACAACCGUCAGUUUCAAGGUUUUUGAUAAUCAAAUAUAACAUCAUCAUCAGUCGGUUAAUCGAGUUUGACCUGUUAUAUGAUUACCUGCGUAUUGAUAUUUGCUAUCUUUUCUUUAUUCUAGGAGCAUAUUGACGCAAACAGUGAAUUUAUCAAGUUCAAGAAUGAUAUUCUAGUAAAUGAUGUGCUACUUAUGAUACUUAACAUUUACAUUAAGUAUAAACUACCACAGCAGGGAGUUGAGCAUAUUUUACGAAUGUUCAAUGUGAUCUCCAUGGAUAAAACCUUUCCAGAGACCUUCGAGUCUUUUAAACGCAUAUUCCCAAAUAAUUAUGAAUUAGAGCGGAUAUACUUUUGUCAAAAUUGUCAAUAUGGGUAAGAAUUUUAAAUUUAUGUAUUAUAAACAUCACACAAUUCAUUUAAAAUCUAAUGCAUUUCAGAUACACUGGCACACCCAAUGCAGGAACUCGGUGUCCAAUAACAAAUUGUAAUUCUAAAGAAAAAGACUUUUUUGUAGUCUUUUCUUUGGAGCAGCAAAUUCGGGAAACGGUACUGAAAUACUCCGAACAGAUCAAAUAUUACGAGAAGCACGUUAUUGACAAUGAUUUGCGUGAUAUCAACAGAGGACUUCUAGCGCAGGAAACGAUGUCACGUCAAGAAGGCAAAUUCAUAACACUUUUGGCAAAUGAGGACAGCGCGGCACCAUACAAGAGCACAACCAAAAAACCGUUAUAUCCUCUUUUCCUUACAAUCAAUAAUCUGCCGCCUUGAUUAAGAUUUGACAAAAACAAUUUAAUUAUUGCUGCCUUAUGGUUUAACAAAGGUAAACCUGAUAUGGCAUUGUUCCAUAAAAAUUUCAUUCAACAAACACGGCGCCUUCGUGAGGGAAUCGAAAUUGGUUCUGAGCAGUACAAGGUGGUAGUUCUGUAAAACUGUUUGGACUCGGUAGGCAGAUGCGAAGUUUUGUGUUCGAAGCAGUUUAAUGGGAAAUUUGGCUGUACUGUAUGUCUUCAUCCGGGAAAAUCCGUUAAUAAUCAGAUCCGGUAUCCUUACCAACCCUCUAAAUUAAGAGAUGAUAAGUUAACAAGGAAGCUCAUGCUGGAGGUUCAUAACUCUGAAACACCAAAAGCAGUGCUUGGCAUCAAAGGCUUAAGCGUUCUAACUGGCAUUCCAGAUUUUGAUAUAAUCAGAGGAUUGCCUCCUGAUUAUAUGCAUCUUGUGAAUUUGGGCCUCAUGAAGCUGAUAUGGGAGUUACUUCUAGAAGGCGACGCAGUGAACAAGUCACAACCGUACCAUAUUGGGAACCACAAAGUUUUGAUAGAACAAAGAUUACAGAGUAUUCGAUUACCAAGCAGCUUUCCAAGGAGGAUACGAAGCAUAUCUGAGCAUGCUAAAUUCAAAGCUAGUGAAUGGGAAACUAUUCUUUUUCACUGUAUUUAUCCCUGUUUUAAUGAUCUUCUGCCAACCAAGUAUAUGAGUCAUUUAAUGCUUUUGAGCACUUGUAUUUUUCAACUUCUCGAAUUUAAUAUAUCCAGAAACACUCUUUCCACUUGCGAGAAAAAACUGAAUCUUUUCGUAAAAGAUUUUGAAAAAUAUUAUGGCACAAAGAAUAUGGUUUACAAUGUACAUUUAACGACACAUCUCGUACAAACUGUUCGAAAUCUGGGUGCUCUUUGGAAUUCUUCAUUGUAUCCAUAUGAAAAUGGCAAUAGUAUGCUUAUAGGAUUCCAAACAUCGAAAAAAAAUCCUGUACUUCAGGUGUCUCAAAAAUUCUUACUAAAUAGGAUACGUCGUUUUACGGAAACAAAAGAUUUACCCAUUAGGAAUUGGAUUUCCAAGGUCUGGUGUCCCAUGCGCCACAACGUAGACUUUAAUAAAACAAAUCUAUUUGCUUUGCCAGAAAACUUAAAUGUUAGCGAAGAACUAAAAAAAAACUUGAUUUUUGUGAAGGCGGAAAGUACUACUAUAAAGGCAUAAAAAUCUGCACAAAAGACUUGUGUAAAAACUUUAAAUGCAACGAUUCGUUCAUACAUUGUAAUGGUGAUUUUUUGAGCAUUGAUCGGUUACUCAUCUGUUCAAACAAAAAAUGUUAUGUCCUAGGAACAGUUUUAAAAGCAAACAAAUUAUAUGAAAAUAUGUUUUUAUAUGAGCCAUCAGAUCUUCAAAAAAUAUGUUGUAUAAACGACACUCUUCGUUUAUGCGUCAGUGUAGAAAUUUUAGGCAAUGAUGAUGAAAGCCGUACAAAUAAAUAUAUAUCACUGUGUAAAUCUAAAACUCAAAUUGAUUAACGUGUUACCAAUAAUUGAUACUGACAACUAAACAGCUCAAAAAUUACGGAAAUUGGAAACAUUGUAAAUUAUUUAAGGAGACAAAAAAUGUAACACAUUUUGAUAUAACAUUGUUAGAAAUAUACAUAAAAUUGAAAUAACAUAAUUUGUUAGAUUUUUGUUUGAAUAUUUUUUGAGAGCAAU